CACCAACCUCGCUCGUUCCUUUGCGUCUUUCCCCAUCGCAGGGCGCCUUUGGGAGUUGCAGUUUGAGCGCAGUUCCGGGCGGGGAGGAGCCUUUGCCGCUGUCUCCGUCUCUGCCAUUAGCAGCGCGGAACUACAAGUCCCGGCAUCCCUUGCGGCCGCCGUAGUCAAGUGGCCGGUGGAAUUGGCCCAGGAUGACAGCUGGAGAAUGGAGUCAGUUUUAUCCAAGUAUGAAAACCAGAUUACUAUUUUCGCUGACUACCUAGAAGAAUUUCCAGAUACAGAUGAGCUGGUAUGGAUCUUGGGGAAACAGCAUCUUCUUAAAACCGAAAAAUCUAAGCUGUUGUCUGAUAUAAGUGCUCGUCUAUGGUUUACAUACAGAAGGAAAUUUUCACCAAUUGGGGGAACGGGCCCUUCGUCAGACGCUGGCUGGGGAUGUAUGCUGCGCUGUGGACAAAUGAUGCUGGCUCAAGCCCUUAUCUGCAGACACUUGGGCAGGGACUGGAACUGGGAGAAACAGAAAGAACAACCCAAAGAAUACCAACGAAUCCUACAGUGCUUCCUAGAUAGAAAAGAUUGUUGCUACUCUAUCCAUCAAAUGGCACAGAUGGGUGUAGGAGAAGGGAAAUCAAUUGGCGAAUGGUUUGGACCAAAUACAGUUGCACAGGUGUUAAAAAAACUUGCUUUAUUUGAUGAAUGGAAUUCCUUGGCUGUUUAUGUUUCAAUGGAUAACACCGUGGUUAUUGAAGAUAUCAAAAAAAUGUGCCACACCCUCCCCUUGAGUGCCGAAACAGCUGCUGAGAGCCCCCCUGAGUCUCUGAAUGCUUCCACCCAGAGUAAGGGCCCCUCUGCCUGCUCUCCAGCCUGGAAACCCUUGCUGCUCAUUGUGCCCCUCCGCCUGGGCAUAAACCAAAUCAAUCCUGUCUAUGUCGACGCCUUCAAAGAGUGUUUUAAGAUGCCACAGUCUUUAGGGGCAUUAGGAGGAAAACCAAAUAACGCCUAUUAUUUCAUAGGAUUCUUAGGCGAUGAGCUCAUUUUCCUGGACCCUCACACAACCCAGACCUUUGUUGACACUGAGGAGAAUGGAACGGUUGACGACCAGACUUUCCAUUGUCUGCAACCUCCACAGCGAAUGAACAUCCUGAACUUGGAUCCCUCUGUAGCAUUGGGAUUUUUCUGCAAAGAAGAAAAAGACUUUGAUAGCUGGUGUAGCCUUGUUCAGAAGGAAAUUCUAAAGGAAAAUUUAAGGAUGUUUGAAUUAGUUCAGAAACAUCCAUCACACUGGCCUCCCUUUGUUCCUCCAGCCAAGCCAGAAGUGACAACCACGGGGGCAGAAUUCAUCGACUCUACUGAACAACUAGAGGAGUUUGACCUGGAGGAAGACUUCGAGAUUCUGAGCAUAUAGAAUAGUGGGAACUCACCUUGGAGAUCUGUCUUCCAUCUGGCACCAGAAGAACAUGAACUCAUCACAUAAAACUUUUCUAGUCAGCAAGUGCCUGAUAUGCCAACAGCAUACAAACUUGAUAGCAAUCAUGACUGAGCCAAUCACCUUUUCUCAGAAAAAAACAAACAAGUGAACAAUAUACCCCUUUCCCAGAAAGAACUAAAACAAUCAUGGAAUCUAGGAGCAGAAAGAUUAGGAGUUGUCUCUUGCACUUCCCAGCUUCUUACGUGGCCACAGCGAAUCUUCAGCUACUGAAAUGAGGAGGUGGAUGUCUGGAAGAUAGACAGAAACUCCCACCUUGCUUCCAGCACCAGCAGAUGAGAGAUGGUUACCCUGUGCUUCUUCACCCUUUCAGGUUUGACCUCUCUGGGCUAAAUACUAAGAAGCAAUCUGUUCUCUUGCUCUAAUAAUAAAGUGAUAAUCAUUGUAUCAGGGGAAAAAAGUUCUUGUUAAAUUAUUUGAAUAUGUAUUUAAAUAAUUAUAAUUGGGGCUUCCCUGGUGGCGCAGUGGUUGAGAGUCUGCCUGCCGAUGCAGGGGACACGGGUUCAUGCCCUGGUCCGGGAAGAUCCCAAAUGCUGCGGAGCAGGUGGGCCCGUAAGCCAUGGUCGCUGAGCCUGCACAUCUGGAGCCUGUGCUCCACAACAGGAGAGGCCACAACAGUGAGAGGCCCGUAUAGAGAAAAAAAUAUAUAUAUAUAAUUGAUCUCAAAAAGUGUGUCAAAGACAUUACAUCAAAUGUAUACUUAUUGAUCUCCUUCCUAUUUGAGAGAACCUUAACUAUUUGAUGGGUCACUGUCCCCAUCUUUACUGAUACUUUUGUCAGAUGGUCACCCUGUCCUUAAAUCAUUAUCACUUAAAUCAGGGGUCUGCAAACUUUUUCUGUCAAGGGUCAGAUAGGAAAUGUUUUAGGCUCUGAAGACCACAUAGUGUCUGUCACAGCUACUCAUCUCUGCUGAUGAAACCCCAAGACAGCCAUAGACAAUGUGCAUGCACAUAAGCCUGGCCAUAAUCCAAUAAAACUUUAUUUACAAAAACAGGCAGAGGGCUGGAUUUAGCCCACAGGCUGUAGUUUGCUAAUCACUGACUUAAAUUGUUGAUUUUUGUUUGGGAAAUUAAAAAUUGUGUUUGAAUUUGACUCCAUUUUGCUUGACAGUCAUAACUGGAAAGAAUUAUUCAUGUGGUGACAUUAAUCUGUGCAUCAAAUACAAUUCCAAACCAUUUCAGGACUGGCAAGCAACAUACUAAAUUUGAAAGCACAUAUUCGUCACAUUGGCUUUGCUAACCACUCUCCUGUGUGGAUGCACCUCAUGUCCCAGUGGUAUCUUCCCCUUUUCCUCUCCUUCUUAACCUAUGCAUUUCACCUCCAUGCUCAACCAAGCCCCCAGGAAGGCCAGCAACUGCGGUUUGAAGGCUAGCACCAAACCAAGGUGGGGUUUUUUGUGUGGUAUAUUUAGGAAUAUUUGAACACUUGUUUCCUUAGAUUCCAUUUUUUUCUUUUCCAGUAGGUAAUAUAUUCCAGCGGUUCAGAAUUCGAAAGGUGCAAAAUGGUAUUCAGUGAAAUGUCUCUCCCUUCCACAGGUCAGUUCUCUUUCCUGAGCGCUCCCAAUGUUAUUAAUUUCUUCUUUAUCCUUCCAGAGGAUAUAUUUUAUGUAUAUACAAAUAUAUGCACAUAUAUCUUAGAUUUGAUUUUAAUGACUUUAAAAUUUCUCUACUUUUGGUUUAUCUGUAAAUGAUCCUGAGGCCCCAGAAAUAUGGAAAUUCCUUUCUUGAACUCUAGCAUGUGAUGGGGCUAAAAACAGUUGUAGGCUUAUCUUGAAGCAUGUUGUGGAUUUGUUGCCUGUUGGAAGACAUUAUCAACCCUUGACUUUAAUUGUAUUCUUCCGUGUCUCAGUGUUUUGUUAUAUAGCUCGACUUGCAGUGACAGGAACCCCCAUGGCUCUGAGGGGGGCUUAUGAAUUUCAGUGAGAUGGACUUCAGAAAAGUUUUCAUCAAAGAAAGAAUGUCAAAGGAGUCAAACAUUCAUAUUGGAUUCCUUUUAUUUGCAAUGUACAAAGCUGACACCAUGCUUAUUACUGAGGAGGUGAAGGUAACAAUAGUUCAGAUUAUACUGAUUAUGCUUUUGUUGGCACACUUUACAUAAUAUUUAAGGAAACAGAAUCACCUGGAAGGAAUUGCCUCAUGUCACCAUAGCUAAGUGUUCUGGGA